AAGUUGGAUCCUUAGAUGUCUCACUGGCACAGCAGUGACAGAUGCCGGUACGCCCGCUCCACCAAUUGCCCCGCGUGAAGAUCCUCCGAGAGGUCAGACGGCCACGCGUGAAUGCGAUGUCCCAUCCUCCUCCCACGAAGCAGCCACUCGUGUAGCCCUUGGGUGGUUGGUCACCGCCUCGCCGUAGCUCAAGAGACGCCGCUGCGACUUCUGCGCAGCAGAGACCGAACAGCGAACAACGGCAUACAGCUCCUGACCCAAGAACGUGCGAGUCCGGGAUUGCCGGCGUGCCUGCCGCCCAAAAUACCUCAGCCACCACCUACUGCGCUACUCUGCAGAUUGCCCGACGUCACUCGAGCUAAACUUGGGAUGGGCUGUACAACUAACGGCGUGCGUAGUCGUGAACAUCCCAAUGGUGAUGGCCUGGACACGGACACGGAGGUUGACGGAGGCGACGGCCGUAUACGUCGUCUGAACGUAAUGGCGACGCGCGCGGCAGUGGUAUGUCGGGGCCGGUGUGUUGUCACCAUACCUGCUGCUUCCGCAUUUGACGUUCUGUAAGAACGGCAUGUUUGACUCGGAGGAUUGCAUAAUGGCGAUGCUGUGUCAAACGCUGAUACACUCCUCUACCGCCGCCGGAACUCUCUGCAGCGGGGACGAUGGCCGUCUAUCUCACGCACUAGGCUCUCCAACCGACAGCUAGCGGCCGGCGCUCCAACUCCGCAGCGAGGCAGUAUAGUUGGUCAGUUUUGUACCGUCCAGUAAUCCGUACCGCGUGGAAAGCACCGCCACCAUCGGAGGCGCAUGACACAGAUGCAUCUCAACACUUGACUAUCGAAUGGCCAUUCAUGGCGCGGGAUACACGACUGCGCACGACUGCACAUGCAUACACAAUAAGA